GCAGACAUCUUGUAGAAUCAAUUCUUUGACAUAAUACCUUUCAAAUAACACCUAUGUUUUGAAUAUUUCUCGACUUACACGUUAACAUAGACACUAGUUGAAGUUUAAUUAUGAUAAAAUAGAAGAAAAUAUAAGAAUAACAACACGGAAUACUUCGUGAGCGUGACGUUUCAACUAACACAUGACAAAGAUCGGUUGCUACCUAAAUAUGAAAGGAACGUGUAUAAUAAUUGCGGUUGUCGUUUGCGUUCUUCCAUCCACGGUUAGUAUUGAUCCUCCACAACUUCAACCUUUUGAGUUUCCUAAUGACCUUGAAAUGGGCUCAAAGGUCGUAGCUGUUUGCAUUCUUCGGGAAGGAGAUCCACCAGUUACCAUAGUUUGGAAAAAAGAUAGACAGAAGUUGUCGCAUGGUGAUAGAUUAAUCAUUGAACAAGUAAACGAUGACAUCAGUAAUUUAAAGAUUAGCAGCAUUACUCCAGAAGACGUGGGUAAUUACACAUGCACUGCCACGAAUUCUGCUGGCUCUGACAGUUUUACAGCUGCUCUGGUGGUUAGAGGUCCACCUUUUUGGUCACACGAACCGGUAAACUCCCAAGCAGUGUUAGGAGCUUCACAAACAACCGUACACUGUUCUGCUGGUGGUUAUCCUCGUCCUCAGCUCACAUGGUUAAAGGAAGAUCCUUCAGGCUCCUUCACUCCAGUCUCCAAGAGCUACAAGAUGAAAGUGUUGGACAACGGAACCCUGGUGAUUAACGACGUUAAGGAGACAGAUUCAGGAACGUACCUGUGUCAGGCUGAUAACGGAGUGGGAGAAAAGUUGGAGAAAGCUGUCCGUCUGUCUGUCCACGCACCACCCUCGAUUCAAAAAGGCAGAGAGACGAUAACAUUUAAACGUGGAGAAACUGGGCUAUUGAGUUGCGCGACAAAUGGUGAGCUUCCCAUGAUUGUGAAAUGGCAGAAAAACGAAGAUAAUCUUGAGUUAUGGUCAAACAGGCAUGAAACGUACACCGAAGACACAUUUGAAGGUAUUAAGUCUACUCUAGUUCUCAGGAAUAUUCAGCCACAGGAUGCUGCCCUCUAUACCUGCAAAGUUAGAAAUAAUUUUGGGAGUGAUGAGCUAAGUUUUAAUAUAAUUAUCAAUGAACCACCCCAGAGUCCAUAUCAGGUUACAGUCAGUGACAUCCGUAGUCGAACAGCUAGGGUGACAUGGCAGAUAUCUACCACUCUGACAGCAGUUACUCAGUUUAUUGUUCGGUUUUGGCCAACAAGAGGUAAAAAAAAAACUCGCAGACUUCAAGAAGAAACUUUAUCCUUUAGUGAAAGAAUGUUAUUACUUCAAGAUCUUCAUCCUGGUACAGAAUACACAAUAGAAAUUCAGGCAGAGAACAGUAUAGGAUUCAGUGAACCUUCCGACCCAGUAAGGUUUACUACAAUGGAGGAAGAACCAAGCUCAGCCCCUGUGGAUAUUAAGGUGACAGCUGUUGAUUCACAGACUCUAUUUGUAUCUUGGAAGGUGAGAAAAGAGAAGCUGUUUGAAGUAAAGAUUCCUUAUAGAAAUGCAGCACAUACAAUAGAUCAGUGAGAGUGAAAUAGUUUUUAUCGAUGUUAAAUGACCAUAUGCUACACUUAAAAAUGAAAACUGACUAGUGCAGA